GGAGUGUGUGGCGGUGAGAGUGCUGCGGUGCUGUCAUGGGCUGUUUCGCUUAGCUGCUCGCCAGAGAUUCAGCAAAGAUGCGCCUAGCACUGCGCAGGAGACGCUAAAUCGCACGUUGUGCAAACUUGGUGCAUUGUAUCCGCUGACAAGUGGGAGUUUGGGAUCGGUUCUUGCGGAAUAGUGAGGAUAAGGAUUACCUGCUCAUUGGAGCGCCCUUGUUCCUUUCCAGCCUGGCUGCCUUUGCAGAUGCUCUAGCUUGUGGCUUGCUCGCUGUCCCAGGAUGAAGCCGAUCCCCGCCACCCCUGACCACCUGGGGCAACACCAGGAGAGCCCCCGCCGUAAGGACAAGGGAGAGGCGGAAUCGGAGCGGCAGAGGACCCGGGAGCGCCUGGAGGCGACCUUGGCCGGACUUGCGGAGCUGGGCUAUCUCAGGCACCGGCAGGAGCUGCUGGUAAAGAGCGCACUUACCCCCGGGGCACCGACUCACGGAGAUACUGCCACUCGGGCAGGGGACACCCCCCGCAGCCUGGAGGAGAAGUUCCUGGAGGACAAUAUCUUGCUGCUAAAGAAGCAGUUGAACUGCCUUAGAAAGCGAGACGCAGGUUUACUAAGCCAGCUUCAUGAGUUGGACAAGCAAAUAAACGAUCUCAAAAUUGAUGUUGAAAAGACAGAGGAGCAUCUGGAAACAGACAGUCGACCCAGUUCAGGAUUUUAUGAGCUGAGUGAUGGGACGUCGGGAUCCCUCUCCAAUUCCUCCAACUCAGUGUUCAGCGAAUGUUUAUCCAGCUGCCACUCCAGCACCUGCUUUUGCAACCCCUUGGAAACAUCAUUAAACCUCACAGAUGGUCAAGCAAAGUCUGCAGAUGACUUCCUUGAAUGGUUGGAUUACAGAGACAGUCAACAUGAAACGGGCACAGUUCGCCGUUCCUUUUCUGCACCACAUUCCAACUCUGUUGACGUUGCAGCAGAUGUUCACCCAAAGUAUCAGUGUGAUCUGGUAUCUAAAAAUGGCAACGAUAUCUACCGUUAUCCCAGCCCACUUCAUGCAGUAGCUGUGCAGAGUCCUAUGUUUCUUCUUUCUGUUAUGGGCAACAUAAAGGCAGAGGAACCAGAGGAGGAGAUUGGCCCCAAUGAUAAUGAUGACUGUAUAGUGCCUGAACUAGACCACUUAAAAGAUGAAGACUCUUUUCUCCAUCAAAGCAGCCUGUGUUCUUUACCACUUUCUUCUGGGAAAAAAAUGGAUGGGUACAUAUUAAGCAUCAUACAGAAAAAAGCACAUCCUGUAAGGACUAACAAACCAAGGACUAGUGUCAAUGCUGACCCAGGCAAAGGAAUUUUACGACAUGGGAGUAUAUGUGUCAAACAGACUGGUGGUGUUUCUCAAAGCAGCACAGUUAACCUGAAAAAUUCUAAACAAACAUGUUUACAUUCCACCGGAAUGAUCUCUGUGGAUAAUAGCACUUAUCCUUCUCUAAAACAGUGCUCAAAGGAGUCUCUAAGUGAACAGCUGGAAAGUAAAAGGAUGCCAUCCAUCUCCACGUAUCCUUCUUGUAAUGUCAAUGAACUUCAAAGCCAAAACAAUUCACGAAAUACUGUGAAGUCUGUGUGUCAGGGUCUGGCAAGGGGCUCUGUAGCAAUGACCUCAAAUGUUCAAAAGGAAAAUGUUACGCCCAAUGCACCAACUAAUCUCUCUAAUGCAUCAAGUUCGGCCUGUAAUGGAUCUCCUAGAGAAAGUACGCAGAUGAGUGCACUUCUUCCACAAGAGAUUAAAGUUGUGCCACCAGUGAAAAAAAUUUCCCCCAAAAAUACACUCCUUUCUUAUCAUGCAUCAUCCUCUUUUGAUGAAAGACCACCUUUGGAUUUUAAGAGCGAGGGAUCGUCAUCUCAGAGCUUGGAUGAAGGGCUGCUGGUCAAUGCUCAUUAUAUACCAGCUCAGCAACAGGGUGUUAAACUUCAUAAGAAUAUCAAAAAUGUGAAGAUUGUGAAGAGCUCCACUUUAAAACAUAGGGCUAAUGUUCAGUAUGUGGCAGAAAAUGGGUCCCAGACGCUGAAAGAAAAAUCCAAGGCUGUGGGAAAGAAGUGCAGGUUCCCUGAAGACUUGGAUACAAACAAAAAAGUGAAGAAAUCCACUCCACGGACUAAAAAAACGUCUCACCCUAAUUUUGAACCUGCAGUAGUUGGAAGAAAUCCAGUUGCAGUCAGAUCUGGAAUCAAAUCUCAUGGACAGCCAAAGGAUGUGGUCUUGGCCAAACCCAAACAUAAGAGAGGUGACUAUCGGAGGUGGAAGUCUUCAGCUGAGAUUUCUUAUGAAGAAGCAUUAAGGCGGGCACGAAGACGAGCCCAGAGAGAAAUGAUGGGUGUUUAUGCCCAAGUGCCGUUUCCUUACGCCAGCCCAUACGCUUACAUUGCCAGCGACUCUGAAUACUCUGCCGAGUGUGAGUCUCUGUUUCACUCCACAGUUGUAGACACCAGUGAGGAUGAACAGAGCAAUUACACCACAAACUGCUUUGGGGACAGUGAAUCCAGUUUGAGUGAGGUUGAAUUUGUUGGUGAAAGUACAACGUCAAGUGAUACGGAUGAAAGUGGUGGACUCAUAUGGUCCCAGUUUGUACAUACCCUUCCCAUGCAGGCCACUGCAACGGCUGAACUACAAACCACAGCAAAAGCCUUUGUUAAAAUCAAGGCAUCACACAACCUUAAGAAGAAAAUCCUCCGCUUCAGAUCUGGAUCUUUAAAGCUGAUGACAACUGUUUGAACAUCACCUUUUCACCAACUCCAGCUCCAUUUUAUUUUGUAUAUAAUUUGUUACUUUUGUGCAAAUAUUUAAAGUCUAUGGUAAAUUAAAUUGACUCUCUUGAAUAUCCUUGUGGACUGUCAAAAUUCCAAUGACUGGUGUAAAUCCACGUAAUUUAUCUUUCUGCUUACAUUGUGCGCUUAAAGUGUCCAACAUCGAUGUUCUCUGGCAAUCUGCAGAUGUCCAAUUAGACACAUCCAGAAUAGACCACCCAAGACCAGUGCAAACAGCAGUUCUAGAAUGCUUGGUAAACAUUCCAUUAGAACCAGCAGCUUUUCAUUUAGAAAAUGGAGUGAACUUUUUUUUUUAUUUUUAACUGCAUGUACUUCUUUCCAGCUAGAGCUGAAGUGGUUUAGAACUAGUGGUCCAUUCUGAGCUUUCCAAACCGUGUGUCUUUCGCAAUUGGAGUAUAAUUCCCCAGUUUCUCUCUUCAAACCUAUGCAUGCACUGUGCAUGAAUCUCAUUGGUUACCAUAUGCCUUUCACUAUGGAGUUCAUGUAUACUUUAAUCACUUGUAUUUUAUAUAUUUUGUAAAUUAUAUAGCACAUUUUACAUGGUAAUAAAUUGUCUGCUUUAAUGCUGUUUAAAUUUAUUAAAUUGAAACAAAA